AUGCUUUUUAUUCUCUUUUUUUUUCCUUCUAUAUUUUAUUUUAUCUUUUCAUAUUUUUGCCAUUAUAUCGUCUCUCUCAAAUUGUUAUCUUGCCUUUCUAUUUUGUUCUUUUAUUCCACGGUUUCGCAUUUUAUUUGGACCUUCUCUUUAUUCACCACUUUUUUCUUUUUGGUUACCUGUCUUCUUUCGUUUCUCUUUCAUACUUGCCAUUUCUCUCUCUCCCACUCUCUCUAUCUCUCUCUCUCUCUUUUUCUCCUUACAUUCUUUGUCAUUGACGUCUUUCUCGUUUUCGACUCCUUACUAUCUGUUGCCUCUUUUUGCCUCUCUUUCAUACUUGCUCUUUCUAUAUAUCUCCUUCUCCCUCUUACAUACCUUGCCUAUCCCUUCUUUCUAAUUUUAGACUCAUUUCGUCUAUUCUUUUUCCUCUCUGUCAUACUUACUCGUUUUCUCUCUAUCCAUUCUUUGUCUUUUUUUUUUCUCAUUUUCAAUUUCUUACUAUCUUUUGUCUCAUCUUUUCCCUCUCUUUCAUACUUUCUUUUCUCUCUCACUCUCUGUCUGUUUUUACAUUAUGUCUUUCCUUUCCCUCUCAUUUUUGACUCCUUAAUAUCCUUCGUCAUUUCUUUUUCCUCUUUUUCAUAA